GUAAAAUGUAUAGCAAACAGGGUUUAGACACGAGUCAAGGCCGUUUAGGCAGUAAACCACAGAAACACAAUGGUCAUGGUUAAAACAAAUAUUGAAUAAUCAGUCAUCAGGGGUGUUUAUGUCCCUGUAUCAUGAUAAAUUAGAUUCUUAAGAAAUGUCCAAGUCGGGUAGAAUUUCACAGGUUUUUUUCUACUUUCUCGUCAGUCAAUAGAGGUAGAGCCAGCAGUUCUGAGGCAGCAAUAUAAAUCAGAUCUACCUGCCCUCACAACACUUCUGGGUUUAUCACUGCAGCAGUCCAAGCUGAGAGACAGGAAAGAAAAGCCGGGCAACUCCGGGUACUCAGCUAGUAAGUUAUAAAAGAAGGAGGAAAAACAAUAAAGGAACCAUGAAUAACACCAUAGAGGACAUCCGGGAAUUUAAAGGGCCUAGUGUGAAUAUGACUGCGUCUAGUCAGAAAGUCAUUGGCUACAUUUUGGAUGCAAGCUCCGUCUUUCUUCUUGUCAUUGUUAUGAUGUCACUUGGUUGUACUCUGCAACUCUCAGAACUUAGAAAAUAUUUCCUGAAACCCAGAGAGAUUGGAAUAGCUCUGUUAGCACAAUAUGGAAUCAUGCCCUUGUCUGCCUUCUCCUUGGGGUAUAUUUUGAAUCUAAGUUCUAUUGAAUCUUUGGCUAUUCUAAUAUGUGGUUGCUGUCCUGGAGGAAAUAUAUCCAAUAUCUUUACUUUGGCUAUAAAAGGUGACCUAAACCUAAGUAUUUUAAUGACCAUUUGCUCAACUGUACUUGCCCUGGGAAUGAUGCCAUUGCUUCUCUACAUCUACUGUCUUGGACUGAACCUUGGUCCACUAUACAAGAAUGUACCUUUUGUAAAAAUAUUAAUAUCCUUGACUAUCACACUCAUUCCAUGUCUUCUUGGUGCGUUCUUGAAUUUUAAGAGACCCCAAUACUCCCGGGGUUUUAUUAAGGUUGGCUGUAUCCUUGGGAUGGUGUUUGCAGUGGUCAUUAUAGUGUUGAGCUUUUUCUAUCUGAAAAGCAAUGUUUUUAAAAUCUUUUCACCUCAGAUGAUUGGAGCCUCACUGCUGUUGCCCUUUUUUGGCUAUGUACUUGGUUAUGCAAUGGCUUCCAUCUUCCAGCUUCAUGAACAAGCUAGACGCACCAUCUGCAUGGAAACCGGAUGCCAAAAUGUUCAACUCUGCACUGCCAUAUUAAAAAUUACUUUUGAUGCUGAAGUUAUUGGCGUUUACUUCAUGUUUCCUUUGCUAUAUAUUCUGUCUCAAGUACUACAAGGCCUUGCUUUGAUCCUGGUAUUCCGCAUUCAAGACAAAAUAAAGGCUAAAGCUAUUGCCAAAUCAUAUCUCGGUGAUGAUAACAUGAAAGAAAAUCUCAACACCACAGAUACCAGUCGUUUAGUGAAUUAAAGCAAGAAGAUGACCACACAUGAAUUUGGUGAAUGGUUGUGUAAACGUAUCUUAGACAAGUUCAUGUUAUAUGUCCAGUCAUUUACCUGUCUGUCAUUCACAAACGUAUUUGUAAAUGGAAUAUCCCAUGAUCACCUUACCAGCAUUCUCACUAUAAAAACAAUCUACAGCUUGUCAGCU